GUCAAUCGAAGGACUGUGCGGAAGCUUGAUGCCAUACUCUUGCCUUUUCUGGCCUUAUUAUUUCUGCUCAACAGUCUGGACAAAUCAAAUAUUGGGAAUGCAGAGACAGCGGGCUUCACCUUCGACACUGGACUUUCCAGAAAGGAUGUCAAUACGUCUAUGGCAGUGUUCUUCUUCGUGUUCGUGCUCUUACAGCCUGUAGGAGCCGCGCUAGGACGAAGAUAUGGCAUGCAGCGAUAUGUGCCUACCUGCAUGAGUCUGUGGGGCUUGACAACGAUUCUACACAUCUUCGUACGCAAGAGAUGGCAUCUUAUACUGCUGCGUGUCAUGAUUGCUACGCUGGAAAGCGGAUUUUACCCAACGACAGUGUCGUACAUGAGCUUGUUCUAUACAAAGUACGAGUUUGCGGUACGGCUCGGAUUCUUCUAUGGCAUGACAGCUGUAUCGGGUGUUGUUGGAGGUAUUCUAAGCUGGGGCAUCUUUUCUGAGUUCCCGGGACAUGACAAUGAUGACGACCACGGGUGGAAGAGCUGGGAAGUACUUUUCCUGAUCGAGGGUUGCAUGACCAUGACUGUUGCCUUGAUUGGAUUUCUCUGGUUACCUCGAUCCGCAGACUCUGCUUGGUUUCUGAAUCCCGAGGAGCGAACGUGGGCUGAAGCACGAAUGCGACAGGACACCAUCUCCAGUCACGAGGCCAAAAGCGCUAUGCAUGAGGACCCAAUCCACGAGGAGCCCUUCGAAGAGGUAGAACUUGAUCCUGAUGAGCCUGCAGACUCUGGCACUGGCGGAAUUAACUCUGUGGUCUCUGCAAUGUCUGUCACGGCCGAUUCCGGGCUCAGUCGGCAAGACAUCCUUUCUGCCGUGUUCAGCUACAAGAUCUGGUAUCUCCUCAUUUGCAACAUCCUCAGUGCGAUACCCGCAACGGCGUUUGGUGUUCUGCUGCCUAUUCUGGUCAAGGAGCUUUCGCCUUCUCUGAAAUUGUCACCAGCAGCCUCGAACUUGUUGUCUGCGCCACCUUUUGCAUUUGGCGCUAUCGUACUCUUCAUCUUUACAGCCUGGUCUGAUCGAAGCCGCACGCGCAUUGUCCCGAUCCUAUCUGGUCUGGUCUUGUUGCUGGCCGGUCUGGCCAUGACUGUCUUAUCACCAGUCAACAACUAUUGGCUUCGAUAUGUUUCACUUUGCGUGCUUCUUUCUGGAUCAUUCAUUGCAUCGCCAUUGACUGUCGCAUGGCUCGCAAACAAUACACCCGAGCAAGGGAAGCGUGCUAUCCUUCUAGGCAUCAACGGCUGGGGCAAUCUUGCCGGGGUCUUCAUGCAAAUUCUCUUCACGCCGAAAGACAAGGAUCGAGGUUAUAUCAGGUCUUUCACGAUCCUUCUCGUCUGCUCACUAGCUUCAUUUGUCGGAUUUGUUUUCUUCCGAAUACUAUUGCUUCGAGAAAAUAGAUUCAGAGACAAUGUGCUGCGGGGAUGGAGCGAGGAAGAGAAAGAGCGCGAGCAGCUCCUCGGUGAUGUUCCGGCUCGAGAUCACUUCGGACAUCGACUUGCAAAACGCUGUGGGAUCUUGGCUUUCGCCAGCCGGCUCGGUCUUGAGGAUGGUAGAAGAGGCGACGAGAAGUUGACAUUUCGAUAU